UUAUUGUUAUUGUUCGGUUAACAUCAUGUUGUUGUUGUUGUGUCUCUUAUAUCAGUUUAACCAGCAGGCUGCUCAGAGCUGCAUGUUGGUUUGUUAGGUCUACGUGAUCAGUGUGUGAAAGACAACACAGUAAAGACUGUAUGGAGCAGUGUGUGUGUUCACUCUGACUGUCACAGGCUCAGGUCACACUCAGACUUGUGUGUGUGAGGAGCUGUAGGUGUGACGAUAACGUUUUAUCUAACUGUGCUGUGUAAACCAAAACCUUCAGAUGACUGCUCUCCACUGUGUAUCAGUGAACACUUCCUGCCUCCUAUCACAUUCAUGACACGAUGUGUUUGGUAAGGUACUGAUGACACGUGUAUGAAGAAGUCCUGUCACGGCUGUGUUGUUGUCCCAAACACUUAAUGUGGCUGCAGAAAUAAAAAGCUCUCUGCAGUCGGCGAGCUGUGAGAGACUUGUGUUUGCAUAGAAUGAUUUAUUUGUGGUGGAUUAGAGGCCCGAGGCUGUGGCUCAGCCAUGUUAUCGUGUGUCAUUUCACAGAUGGAGGGGUCUGUCUGUGCUCAGCUGGUAUGUUCUCUCUGAAAUGACUCCUCUGACUGACACAAGUUUAACAUUUACUGUUGAUGAGUUUUCAAUUGUUUGUGUGCGAGAGCUGGAUUUCCCUCAGGUCACCUUCUAAUGCUGUUUGUUUAUUGAUACACUUUAAUUGUCACAUCACAUCGCACCCACACGUCUUAGAGCCUUUCACUGCAUUGUACCCAGUCCAACAGACAUGAUUCCAAAAUCACUCCAAGGCUCCAGGCCCAUUGUUCUGCAGGUGGCGUGGUGAUCACCUGAAAAAGAAACGUGCUGCUCAGGAAUGCAGAAAGAAAACAGAAGCUGCAGCGGUUCUCCCACUCAGCGUUUACAUUCGGUAUAGAGAGUCACAUCAGCCAGUCCAACAUCAAUGGUGCUCUGGUUCCCCCUGCUGCCCUCAUCAGCAUCAUCCAGAAGGGCCUGCAGUACGUAGAGGCUGAAGUCAGCAUCAAUGAGGACGGCACAUUAUUUGACGGGCGGCCCAUAGAGUCUCUGUCCCUGAUUGAUGCGGUGAUGCCCGACGUCGUUCAGACGAGGCAGCAGGCCUACCGGGACAAAAUGGCCCAGCAGCAGGCCGCCGCGUCGGCGCCAACAUCGGCCACCGGAGGCAGCAUCGCCGGCAACGCCAAGAACGGAGAGAAUACUGCCAACGGGGAGGAGAACGGAGCCCACGCCUUAGCUAACAACCACGCAGACCUGAUGGAGGUGGACGGAGAUGUGGAGAUCCCUCAGAACAAGGCCAUGGUCUUGAGGGGCCACGAGUCGGAGGUCUUCAUCUGUGCCUGGAACCCAGUGAGCGAUCUGCUGGCAUCAGGAUCUGGCGAUUCAACGGCUCGUAUCUGGAACCUGAGUGAGAACAGCACGAGCAGCUCCACACAGCUCGUCCUGAGACACUGCAUACGAGAAGGAGGACAGGACGUCCCCAGCAACAAAGAUGUCACCUCACUAGACUGGAAUAGCGAGGGCACGCUGUUAGCGACGGGCUCCUACGACGGCUUUGCCAGAAUAUGGACGAAAGACGGGAACCUGGCCAGCACACUGGGCCAGCACAAAGGUCCCAUCUUUGCCCUGAAGUGGAAUAAAAAAGGCAAUUUUAUCCUCAGUGCAGGAGUAGACAAGACAACAAUCAUAUGGGAUGCCCAUACAGGAGAAGCCAAACAACAGUUUCCCUUCCAUUCAGCUCCAGCACUAGACGUGGAUUGGCAGAGCAACAACACGUUUGCCUCCUGUAGUACAGACAUGUGUAUCCACGUCUGCAAACUGGGACAAGACAGACCCAUUAAAACAUUCCAGGGACACACAAAUGAAGUAAAUGCAAUCAAGUGGGAUCCCACAGGGAACCUGCUGGCCUCCUGCUCAGAUGACAUGACGUUGAAGAUUUGGAGUAUGAAGCAGGACUCGUGUGUCCAUGACCUGCAGGCCCACAGUAAAGAAAUCUACACCAUCAAAUGGAGUCCAACCGGCCCUGGAACCAACAAUCCCAGUGCUAACCUCAUGCUAGCCAGUGCAUCGUUUGACUCCACGGUUCGUCUCUGGGACGUGGAGAGAGGCAUCUGUAUCCACACGCUGACUAAACACCAGGAGCCAGUCUACAGCGUGGCUUUCAGCCCCGAUGGUCGGCAUCUGGCCAGCGGCUCCUUUGACAAAUGCGUGCACAUCUGGAACACACAGACGGGCGCUUUAGUCCACAGUUACAGAGGGACGGGGGGAAUCUUCGAGGUUUGCUGGAACGCAGCAGGAGAUAAAGUGGGAGCCAGCGCAUCAGACGGAUCUGUGUGUGUACUAGACCUUCGGAAAUAGUGCUGCUGUUCGUUGGAAGCCAUGGACCGACCAUGAAUGUGUACAUAGCCAAAUGACUGUCCCUGCCUGCCCUGCGUACUGCUCACGCUUACGAUUACGGCCCCGCCCACCAACAGACAGGAAGCAGGAAACAGGAACAGGAAGCAAGCACCCGACACAGCAGGUCCAGACACAGGGAUGAACAGAUGGACAGACAGACAGACAGACGGACAGACAGACAGACAGAUGGACGGGGCGGACGGAGCGCCCCUCUCUAUCUGUGCAGACUCUUCCAGAGAUGCAGAAGGGACGCAGUGAAAAAAAGAAAAAAAAGUGAUAGACAAAAAAAAAGUUACAGAUCCGUAUAUGUACCAAAAUUUGGAAGCUAUUUUGCUUUUUUGAUCUUUAAACCAUGCUCAUCGUCAUCAAAAUGAAAAACAAUGAAAAAAGUGUUGAUCUUUGUUACUAGUUGGAUCUCAUUGUGCAGACAUAUCAACUCCUCCACCAUAAAAUAGGAUGGCACUUAGUUUUUUUAAAUUUCAGAUCUCUUGUUUCAAUGUUUUUAUAUUUUUUAUCUUCGGGGGAGGGGGCCGGGGCUGGUCAGGUCAGGUCAGAGUUUUAUUAAUUGGAGAAUACAUGCAGACAAACACCAGUACACACGAACAGUUCUAAGAAAAAAACUAAACUCUGUGUGCUCGUCAUGAUUUCAAACCAACGUGGCAACAUUUUAAAGGCUUCUCUCCAUCACGUGUUUCACUCUGUGAGUCGUACGGUUAACCUCAAAAUGCAGUACUUCAUGUUAGACUCUGGAUUCUCCUCAUGAUGAUGUACAUCCACAUACUCCAAAACAGUUCUUCUCUGCACUAUCUGGUCACAUGGUUUCACCCUCUCUGGAUUCUUUGACUAAGUGGUUCCUGCUGGUCUGAAUGUUUAAGGCUGUUGUGAGUUUUAGGCGAUGCAGCAGGGCCCGUCUCAGAUGACAAACUGUAGAACUCCAGCAUCAGUGACUCUGUUCACAGCUGAUGACGGCUUUAGCGAGUUCACAUCAUCAACAGUUCAAUUAGAUUCACCCUCAAACGAUCAAACACACGACGUCCUGCAGAAACUAUGUGAGUGACUUAAACCACAGCAGGCAGAGCCAAAGAAAAAUGGAAUGGGACCGUCGUUCGUUCAAAGACGGUAGAAUGUUACUCUGUUAUGUCGAUUUUCCUCAAUCAGCUCUUUUUACUGUGUUCUGUAUUUGGGCACAUUUCGUUGCAGUUUUGCCAGCCGGACUGAUUCUGUAAUCUGAACGUAGCAUCAGCACACUCGGCCUGGCUGUAUUCAGUUAAGCCUCCAACUUGGUGAUUGCGGUCUUGAAUAAAUGGAGGGAAAAAGUCAUCGCGUACGAUGAGUUUUAAAUCUCAUUUCAACCAAAGUUUUGUUCUUAACGUUGACAUGGGUCCGCCUGCUGACCUCUGUUCGCUGGCUCUGCUCUGUUGAAGGUUUAAUAACUUCAUUAUUUCACAGCAGCUCUGUCUCCAGACGUCUACAACUGAACAUUUAAAUCUGCUGAUAUGUUUUUACUGUUCUUUGGCAUUGGGUGGAGUAAGCAGUGUCAUGCUGAGGAAAGCAGCCAGUGAAGAUAUUUCCCCCUGGGGUUGAAUCUGACAGUCGCUAUUCAGAAUCAAGCCCAAAGGCAGAAACAUUAAAGCAAUAUGUGGACAUUUUCAUUUGUCUGUUUUUAUUAGCAGGUACUGUCAUAGUGUGGGGGACUAACUGCACUUCAUCCGUGCUGUUUAGAAGCCAGCUGAAGUGUUAAUCCAAGUAGCUAAAGGUCAAAUGUAAAGUCUUUUCCCCACAGCGUGAUCGACUUGGUCAGUCCAAAAACAGACAAACAGAAAAUGUUGAGCUGAACCUUCACAGUGUAUUUCAAUUCAUCUGCCCUUCCCACCUUCACUCUUGGUUCUUCACUCAUGUUUCCUUCUGAGGUUCCUUACUGACGAGACAUUUUAUACUCUUUUAAAGACAAAUUUAAAGUUACAUUUUUGUAAUUUCUUUGUAGAUUUGAAAAAAAAUGUGAAUUGAUGAUUUAUUGGCAGUGUUAAUUUACAUGUUCUAUAAAUUUAAAAAAAAUAUUUUCUUUUGUUACUUUGAUGCUAUUGCAAAUAGUAAAGGUUGACCCUGUAAUGUAAGGCUUACUGAGCUGAGCUGUCAUUCUGAAGGCACCUUGCCUGGGCGGAGUUCUCCCAGGAGCAAAUUACCACUAAAUUUGUCUAUGUUUUAAUAAAGAAAUGUUUUACUUUUUCUUUUUGCUUGAAUCUUUUUGGGGAGCUUUGUCCCAGAAAAUGUCUUUCUCCUGAAACUCACCUUGGCUUACACACAAGACAAUAAAAAAGUCUUUAAAUUGAAUAAAAUUGUAAUUUUUCAAUCAAGCCAAGACUCUAGGGAAUUUUUCUGGUUCCCCCGUUUUCGUUGCUGUAACUGGGAGUCAUGGAUGUUUUGUGGAGACAAUUGCUCUGGAAGCAGAUAUAAUGUAGUUACACUCGGGUCUGAAUUGUCAGGACAUUAUGAGCUCAAGAUUUUUUUGCACAAUUGAUUAUAUUUGAUAGAGAUAUUCUUACACACAGAAAAUAUUUUUAUUCAAAGACCACAAAGAUUCAUUGUCUGCUCAGUAGUUUUUCUUCUCUUGGGCUCUCAAACUUUUGAUGCCUUCUCCUUCCAUUUCGGCCAAAAGAAUCACUGAAGUAGGUGAUUUGUCUGCAAUCCGAUGACUAAGGAAGUAGCUUCUUAAAAAACAUCUUUCUGCAUUCAAAACAUCCCAUCAUACACUAAAUGAGACAAAUUUAAUUCCAUAUUCAAGUUUAAGCCCAGUGUAUUUUUCUGAUCAUACGAGACUGAAAAAAGCAGAAAAGACAAAUUAAAUCUUCUACAAUCAUGACCACAUAUUUUCAACUGGAUUUUAUCAAUUCUAGUUGAUCAAAGUUUAAAGCAUUACAUCUGCAUCCAGAGCUCUGCUGCUGAGAAAUGUUUGUCAAAAAACAAAUGGGCUUUAUUUUCUCCCAUGGAAUAAAUUGGGCAUUUUUACUAAUGGACGAACAGAUUUCAUGUGUUCCUGUUUAGACUCCUGUGAACUUUUGUUUUUUUUCUUCCCUGUAUUUGAAGCACUUGAGCCAAGCGAUCUGAAAAGUAUCUCACAGCGGCUCUGAUGUGUUCAUGCCAUCCUUAGGUCUGCGCCACAGUCGCUGAGUCAGCAUUCAUCUGUGUCGCCACAACAGAUCGUCAUGUCAGGCCAGCAGCAUCUCUCCCAUGGGGUCUCCAAGGCUUUGUUUUUUUUGUUUUCCUUCUCGCAUCGCAUCGAUCUGUUAUCAUUUAAGUCAGAUCAGUGAAACAAAAGUCCAGAAUAAAAUAUAUUUUGAUAAGA